CCUUGAUUAGUUUUGUAAGCUCUUCAUCAGCGAUGGAGUACUCGACGAAGCUAGUGGUGCUGCUCGUAGCUCUCAUGUCGGCCAUGGCGGUCACGGCCCAAAACUCGGAGCAGGACUUCGUGGACGCCCACAACGCGGCGCGCGCCGACGUGGGCCUUGGGGAGGUGACAUGGGACGCUACGGUGGCAGCCUUCGCGCAGGACUACGCGGAUCAGCGCCGCGGCGACUGCCAGCUGAUCCAUACUCCUGAUGGCCGGCCGUACGGGGAGAACCUCUACGGAGGCGGCGGGACCGAGUGGACGGCGACGGACGCCGUGAAUUCGUGGGUGUCGGAGAAGCAGUACUACGACCACGACAGCAACACCUGGUACCACCGAUCAGACAAUCCGUACGCAGAGAAAAGAUCAACCAUAGAUUUCUGGAGAGGACUAACCGACCUUGAAGGCGAUGAUGUUGUUGGGGCCGCUCUCGCGUGGGAGAGUAAGGAGGAGGAGCUGCGCCUGCCCCCUCCCACGAAGAAGAGGUUGGAGCCCCCUGCGGCUGCUUCUCCCCUACUUCAGAUCGAGGUCGCGCUCGACAGAUCGAGCUCCACCUGCCAUGGCGACGAGGAGAAGAAGGUUAUGAUGCUAAUAUUGGACAAGGAAGCACUGGUGCAGCUGCUGUAA